AAAUGGAGCUGUUGUCCAAAAGCAGAUAUGGCUCGUGGACAGCAGAAGAUUCAGUCUCAGCAGAAAAAUGCCAAAAAGCAAGCCGGACAAAAGAAGAAACAAGGACAUGACCAAAAGGCUGCUGCCAAAGCUGCCUUAAUAUAUACCUGCACUGUCUGUAGGACACAAAUGCCAGACCCUAAGACCUUCAAGCAGCACUUUGAGAGCAAGCAUCCUAAGACUCCACUUCCUCCAGAAUUGGCUGAUGUCCAGGCAUAAAGUUGUUUACAGGUGAAUUCAUGACACCUUUGACUCUUCUACUGUCUCAGACCUUAGGUAACAAACCUGCAGCUGCUUUUCUAACAAACUGUUGAUCAGCAAAAAUAAAGGGGCUACAGAAACACUCAUUUUUAUGCUGUUCCCUUUUGGGCUUCAUGCAAAGACAAUUCUGUGUAAAUGUACAGUUGACUCUAAUUUGGAAAUCUGAAAAUCAGUCCAUCCUUGUUAUAAAAAAAAUUUUACAAUUGUAAUUAUAUUGAUGUUCAUAUUGUGUAAAAUAACUCAUUUAAUAAAGUAGUACUUUGAUUUUACAACAUCACAGGAUAAAUGGUUCUAGAAAUUCUGUUCUAACUUUCCACAUUAUUUGCCUUAUAAAAAUCUAAUGAAUUCAUCAGCUAGAAUUGUAAGCGCAAUUCUUAUCUCCCUCUCAGCUCAGUGGCAGGUUCGUUAAACUAGAGCAGACUCAUUCAUUAAAUUUGUGAACACAGUUUUAUUGGCAGCCGCUGAUCUAGAAGAAUGACUUACCUGCUGCCUUAGUAUAUUGCAAUCAUGUGUCAUUUUCCCCUCUGAUUGUUUCCUAUGUUUGAGGUUGGAAUAUUUCAAUUUGCUGUAUGACUUGGCUAUAGCUGCCAGCCAGGUACACCCUGUAGAUACAUGAUAAAUUUCUAAAGUGGUUAGAUCGUUAGUAAGCCCUUCUGAAAAACUAGGUUUUGAAGUAUGUGUCAUAAUGAAAUAAUCAGUAAGCCUAGUCAUUUAUUACAAAAUAUGAUGGAACAUGUGUGAAUUGGUAAAGAUUUAUCUUUUAUAAAUUAUUUUGGAUUCUUUGAAAAGGCUUCAAAUUCUUUCAUUUGAAAUUGAAACGCAUAAUUUUGGAGGAGUUUUUGGAAGUUAAUGAUUUGACCACUUCUAGAAUGAAUUUUGCAUUAACAGUAAGAUUGGAAUAACUUGUGGCUGGGUUAAUUCCCAGAACCUUCUUCCUCCUUUCCUUUUUGAGUCAUUGAUUUUAGGAGUUUACUUUGUGCUGCUUCCUAAAAUCAAAGACUGUGUACAAUAUGACUUCCGUCUGAACUAGAAAGUAUUAAAAUAGGCCAGUAUCUAGAUUGAUUUGAUUCCAGGGACGGGGAAAUGGGUUGGUUCAGAUGGAUGAGGUAAAUCCUACCCAGUUAAGGGAGACUAAUUUUAGGGUUCUUCUAAUUUGCUUUUGUCAGCUAUUAACUUUAUGAGUGAAACUGCUGUAACUCAGUUGAAAUUUUAAAGUUAAUAUAAUAGGAAGAACACUCAAAUAUUUCUUGGUAAUUGUUUAGAGCCACAAAUCUGAUCCUGUGGAUUAAAAAAUGCAUUCCCUCCUUGUGCUGCAACUCAUCACUGCAUUUGUUUUGUAGCUGUGCAUAUUCUGCCCACCUUGUUUGUCUUCACUGUAAGUUUAAAAUAAGAUAUUUUUAAGGAAAAUCGUCAGUGGUGAUAGUUUCUUAGCAAUUCCUAUUCUUAUACUAUUACUUUAAUGAUUUUUUCAUGUAUUUAAUUUCCUGAGUUCAGAUUUAAUAUGUUAUUUCCCUAUAUGUUGAUUACCAGAACAUUAGAGUUUGCCUAAUUGCUUGUGGUGGGUAUUAUAGAAGUUAUGGUUAAAUUACAAUUUAAAAGUUUUUUAAAGUGCUUUGAACAUAUGUAUCUUUAUGUUUAGCAACAAAUCACUUAAAAACCGCUUACAAGUUUUUGUUUAAUUUUUUUUCAUUUGUUUGACUCUAAUUCAGAAUAAAAGCUUUUUGUUCUUGUAUUUAACUCUUUUUUAUAAGCAGCUGAAGACAUCAUAUUUAAGUAUAUUUCAGUGAUGGGAAUAGCUGCAUUCUCAUCCUCUAUGUGAGGAUUAUUAGUACAAUCCCCUCUUUAUUGUGUUUGAGCUAAAUCUGCUAUAAAGGAGAAAUUAAAAUUCUUAACUAUCCUUGUUAUUCAAUUUGAAGAUUCUUUAACAGAUCCCAACAAAGUUUAUUAUAAAACUGUUAUGGUGUCUUCAAAGACUUGAUAAAAUACACUGAGAGAAUUGGUCCAUUGUAUUCUGUAUUUCCAUUAGUUGCCAAAAGGAAUGGGGUUAAGAUUAAACUUGUUUCCAUUCUCCUUCGUAUGGAUCUACAUCCCCUGUUUAACUGACACACUGGGGGCUCAGUUGUGUGCUGUAAUGUCUUAUUAAAAGAGAUAUUAAAGAAAA